AUCUAUUCCUCUUCCAGCCUGUUCAACCUCCCCGCUUCUCUUUCUCUUAUAUUCCCAAAAUCCCUCCCCAUCUCCCGACUUCGUCUUCCACCUUCGCUGAAACCCUAAACCUUAUUCGACAAUUCCAGCACUGCAGUGUUGGUGCCCUAAUACAGAUGGAUCCGUGCUCCUUCGUUCGGGUCCUCGUUGGAAACCUCGCCCUCAAGAUCCCUGUCGCCUCCCGACCCGACCGCUCCGGCGUCCACCCCUCAUCAACUCCCUGCUAUUGCAAGAUCACCCUCCACAAUCUCCCUUGCCAAACCGCUCCCCUCCCUAUCCUCUCUCUGGAGGAUACUAACGCCGGCGCCGUCGCCGUCGCAGAGUCCGGACUCGCUUCCGUCUUCCACCUAAGCCGCGUUGAACUAGAGCGGCUAGCGGGUAACUCGAUCUUUGCCGGAAAGGCGAAGCUGCAGGUCGCUAUUUAUACAGGACGGCGCGGCACCACUUGCGGGAUAUACUCUGGUCGGCUGCUUGGGAAAGUGAAGGUCCCAAUGGAUCUUAAGGCGGCGGAUGGGAAGGCCGUCGUGUAUUAUUCUGGCUGGGUUAACGUUGGUAAGUCGAACAAAGGACCGUCAGCUCAGGUCCACAUUACCGUGAAAUCGGAGCCGGAUCCCAGAUUUGUCUUCGAGUUCGGCGGUGAACCGGAGUGCAGUCCCCAUGUUUUCCAGAUCCAAGGUAAUCUGCGUCAGCCAGUCUUCACCUGCAAAUUCUCUUGCCGCAACCCCGCCGUCGAUCGCAAUGUCCGAUCCAGAUCAUUGCCCACAGAAAUGGGAAGCGCGAGGAGCUGGCUAAAGGCAUUUGGAUCAGAAAAGGAGAAACCUAACAAGGAAAGGAAGGGGUGGUCUGUCACCGUACAUGACCUCUCCGGUUCUCCAGUAGCGAUGGCGUCGAUGGUGACACCCUUCGUCGCCUCCCCCGGAACAGACCGUGUCAGCCGUAGCAACCCCGGCGCCUGGCUCAUCCUCCGCCCCGGUGACGGCACUUGGAAGCCAUGGGGCCGCCUCGAGGCAUGGCGCGAGCGCGGCGGAGGGAACGGCAGCGAUGCUCUCGGCUACCGUUUCGAACUCCUUCCCGACGCCACCACCAUGACUCCUUCCGCCGCCGGAGUCUCCCUAGCCGAGUCCGCCAUUAGCAUGUCGAAGGGAGGUCGCUUCCUGAUCGACCUCACCUCCUCCGCCGGCAGCCGUGGUUGCUCACCCGGCGGCAGCCCUAAAAGCAGCGGGGACUUUGGGUACGCCCUCUGGCCAUUCGCCGCCUAUCGGGGGUUUGUGAUGUCGUCGACCGUCGCCGGAGAGGGACGACCUGCCGGCGCCGGUGGGCCGGUGGUUGAAGUAGGCGUGCAGCACGUUGGAUGCACAGAGGACGCGGCGGCGUUUAUUGCUCUCUCGGCGGCGAUCGACCUCAGCGUCGACGACGCCUGCCGUUUAUUUUCUAACAAGCUCCGGAACGAGUUGCAACCGCGAGGCACCUCCCGUGACGGCGGGUUCUUGUAGUGUGGGUGUAUUUCUGGGUGUGUUUUAUUUAACCGAUUUUAUGCAUUGCUAACAGUAGAGUGACGGAGGUUAACCUUGAUUGGUGUGCUGUUAAUUUCAGUGGCGGGAUGAGUUCAGACAAACGUUGGGAAUUUUGGGCGGUGUUAUCUAGUCGACGGGAGAACUAGGAUUAGUUCCGUGAUUUGUGCAAUAAAAUAUUGGUUAUUGCGGUAA